AUGCCUGUCCAAGACCGGACGCAUGAGUUCCGGGCAUGCGUGGAAUCCAUACGCAACCGGUCUUCCUUCCCUCAGCGCGGCGCGGAGGCGAAACAACGUUUGCUGCCGAAUGGCAAGGGUCCGGAGAACAAAUCCGAGUUCAGUCGGAUCGCGUCGUCUAUUGCCAAGGAUAUCAGUAGCACGACGUUAAAGUUGGGGAAGCUGGCCCAAUUGGCGAAGCGGAAGACCUUGUUCGAUGAUAGACCAGUGGAAAUCAGCGAACUCACCUACAUCAUCAAACAAGACAUUGCGAACAUCAACAAGCAAAUAGCUUCGCUUCAGGCCUACGUGAAGCAACGCAAUGCCCAGAACAGCAAGUCGCCGGAGGGAAAGCAGCUGGACGAGCAUAAUCACAACGUUGUCAUGCUGCUUCAGAGCAAGCUGGCUGAUACGAGCAUGACGUUUAAGGACGUGCUGGAGAUUCGUACACAAAAUAUGAAGGAGUCGAAGGACCGGACGGAGCAGUUCAUGCAUUCAACAUCUGCCGCGGCAAGCCAAGCGCCUUCAAAUUCGCUUCUAUUCGGCAAUUCGCAGCGUCAGCAAGACCCAAUGGGCGAUGGCACUGCUCUAUCUCCACGGUUGGACGUCAAGGGCAAGGGUCGUGCACAGUCUAAUGGCGAUAUUCUCGCUCUUGAUCUGGGCGCAGCGGAGGAGGGGCAGGGUUCAGCAACGGGUGAUGCUUUCAUGCAGAUGCAGCUCGUCGAGCAGCAGGACAAUUACAUACAAUCACGGUCUACCGCAAUCGAGUCCAUCGAGUCUACCAUCGCGGAACUGGGGCAGAUCUUCACACAACUGGCGCAAAUGGUUGCAGAACAGCGGGAAACAGUACAGCGAAUCGACGCAGAUACGGUGGACAUCGCGUCGAAUGUCAGCGGCGCUCAGCGCGAGCUGCUUAAAUACUAUGCCAGUAUAUCCUCCAAUCGGUGGCUCAUGCUCAAAGUCUUCGGGGUUCUGAUUGUUUUCUUCCUCAUCUUCAUUCUGUUUCAUGAUCCCUGGGUCCUGUAG